CUUUCCCCGCUGGUUUGGGCUCUUUAAAAGCUGCUGCCAGUGGUGUCUGUCAGCCUCAUUAUCACUUUGUCUUGGCUUGAGGGAAUUAUAUAACCCUUUUGACACAGAGACAAACUGCAGUCGGUGGAACUAAACUAAGAUAGUGCAAAAGAGGGAACAGAGUUAUAAGUGUUAGGAGACUGGACCGUUACCAUUUAUUAGCGGACAACUUUCAGUGUAAGAUGCUUCUGUAUUUAAACAUCCUGGCGUUGUUCUUCCUGCCGCCGGCGCUGUCAGGCCCGGUGCCACUGACCACGCCGUCCAGAGGGUGUCCCGCCUGCAAAGCAAAGACCUCACAGAGUCAGCCGUCUGUAGAUUUAAAUGCCACCACUCUGGCUGUGGGAGAGCCGUGUGGGGUCUACACCCUGAGCUGUGCUCACGGUCUUCGUUGUGCACCUCCAGAGGAUGAGCCAAGGCCUCUCCGUGCCCUGCUGGAAGGCAGGGGAGUCUGCAGUAAUGCCAGCAGCGACGGUCCGACUGAUCCGAGCAACACAGCAGAUCCAGCACCUACUGGGGAUCCAGAGGAGGCUCCUUGUCGUAAACUGCUAACCACACUCAUCGAAGGUCUCGAUGCCCAUUUAUUUAAAUCAAAUCAUGAUAUCUACAUGCCCAACUGCGACAAGCGUGGUUUCUUCAGGAAGAAGCAGUGCUGGUCGUCCCGAGGCAAGCAGCGUGGCAAGUGUUGGUGCGUGGACGAGAACGGCAUGCCGGUCUCCUCAAACGCCAGACAGAAAGGCAGCCUGAGCUGUUAAAAUGCAUGAAGCCUGGACUAAACCAGAGGAGGCUGAAGCUUCAUUACCAAUACGAGAUACAGAUGAAGGAACACCAUACAGAGUCUACAGGAAGUGAAAAUGGUGCCUCACAGUUCAUUCUCCAUCAGCCUGAAGCAGCUUUCCACCUAUGAAAAUCUGUUUCAAAAUCAGGUGUAACUUUGACUCCUUGCGCCCUCUACUGAACACAUUAAGACUGUAGUAUUAAUCUGACGUGUCACAUUGGAGCGAGACACUCCACUGAGACAACCUGUCUCUUGCCCAACCAUUUAACUCCACAAGAACCUGCAGAAACUGCACACACAGUUUGGGCUGCACUUAUUCAAGCGGUUUACUUUUAAGUUUCAAGACUUCAACUCCAUAAAUAUCUCAUGCCAAGUUUUAUAGGAACAGUUGGAAACAUGUUUUUUAUAUUACCGGAUAUACAGUACACCAUACAUAAGGUUCAGAUGUAAUUUGGUGUAUGUAUUCACUCAAUAUAUCAUAUUCAUAUAUUUUCAGUAUUUUUUUAAAAUUGGAAACCACUGUCAUUGUAUGAUUGUAAUUUCUGUACAUAAUCUAUAGAUGUAAUCCUAUUUAUGUUACUUUGAAUAUGAUAUUUUAUUUAUGUUAAUAUUUCUGAUACUUUGAAUAGCCCAUAAGAGCGGACACUAGAGGUAUCAUUUUAAAAACCUGAAAUCCUUGUUUUGAAACACAAACGUACAUGGCAACAUUGUUUUUAUCCUUUGUCUUUUAUUUAGGAGAAUCACCUUUUUAACCAUCAGAGGAAGUGACUAAUACUGAUAGACAGUAUUACAAAACUUUGCUUGACAGACUUCAUGUGUUUUUUUUUUAUAGUUUUUUGUUUUGUUUUUUUGUUUUGAGU